CCGCGGGGUGGAAUGGCCCAGAGAUGCCGCCGGGACGUAGGGCUCUGCCGUCUUUUAUCCACGAUAAUCGACAUGCAGGUCGAGUUCUGCUUUAAAACGGACAGACGCAUCAACAGAAAAUAAAGGCGAGCUGUGAUUUGCGCGUUAGGCGCAGUAACUGCAGACGCAUAUUUAGAGCUUAAAUAGCUGCCGGUGGUGCUGCAAUAAGGAUCGGCAUUAUUACCUUCGGAUGAUAUACAGCAGCAAUAAAAGGCUGUCGGCCAUGCCCUGCCCUGCCCUGCCACCCCAACAACCGCCUUUGUAAGUGACGUCAGUGUUAAAUAGCCGAAAAAGGGGGGAGAGAUUUAGGGUUAAAGCCGAACUGCAGCACCUGGCGCUCCCGCACACAGUUGCUGGGAUUUCCGUGGCAGGAUCCGGGGAGCAGAAACGAAGGGAGGAGGGGGGGAGAGAGAGAGAGAGGGAGGAGGAGGAGAAGAAGAGAAUGUGACAGCUGCUGGCCGGUGUCUGGCUGCCGCCUUGGGGAGGGCUCCCUGCACCUGUCCCCCUCCGUCUUGCUCGCCCGUACCAGCCAGCCAGCCAGUCCGCAGUGGCGGUACACCGGGGGCACGACGAGACAUGACUCCGUCCUACAGCCUGGAUUUCCUGCCCGAUAUGAUGGUGGAGAGUCGCUUGUUGGUCUCCGGAGAGAGGAUUAACGGGACCACCAACAAGAUGAACGGAGCUCUGGAGCACUCGGACCAGCCUGACCCCGACGCCAUCAAGAUGUUUGUGGGCCAGAUCCCGCGGUCCUGGUCAGAGAAGGAGCUGAAGGAGCUAUUCGAGCCGUACGGCGCCGUCUACCAGAUCAACAUCCUUCGAGACCGGAGUCAGAACCCGCCACAGAGCAAAGGCUGCUGUUUCGUAACGUUUUACACGAGGAAGGCUGCCCUGGAGGCUCAGAACGCCCUGCAUAACAUAAAGACCUUAUCUGGGAUGCAUCAUCCCAUCCAGAUGAAGCCGGCGGACAGCGAGAAGUCAAACGCUGUGGAGGACAGGAAGCUCUUCAUCGGGAUGGUCUCCAAAAAGUGCAACGAGAACGACAUCCGGGUGAUGUUCUUGCCGUUCGGACAGAUCGAGGAGUGCCGGAUCCUCCGCGGUCCAGACGGGCUCAGCAGAGGCUGUGCAUUCGUCACGUUCUCUAGCCGGACCAUGGCGCAGAACGCGAUCAAGGCCAUGCAUCAGUCGCAGACUAUGGAGGGCUGCUCCUCCCCCAUUGUGGUCAAGUUCGCUGACACACAGAAGGACAAAGAGCAGCGGCGGCUGCAGCAGCAGCUGGCCCAGCAGAUGCAGCAGCUCAACAGCGCCUCCACCUGGGGAAACCUGACGGGCUUGGGCAGCCUCACUCCGCAGUAUCUGGCACUGCUGCAGCAGGCCACCUCAUCCAGCAACCUGGGCGCCUUCAGUGGCAUCCAACAGAUGGCAGGUGCGUACUCUACCUGGCCUGAUGGAUACCCUCUGCCGCCCCCCCCAGGUAUGAACGCCCUGCAGCUGCAGAACUUGGCCACGCUGGCUGCAGCGGCGGCGGCGGCACAGGGCACUGCCAGCCCCUCCAGUGCCGGCGCCCUCCCUGCCAGUGGUGGCGCGCUUGGGGCAUUGGCCAGUCCAGCAGCAGGGACGACGGCCAGCUCCAAUGCAGGAGCUGCCAUGAACUCGCUGACCUCCCUGGGCACCCUGCAGGGGCUCGCCGGCGCCACCGUGGGCCUCAACAACAUCAACGCGCUGGCAGGUAGCGUCAACAUUGCUCACCUGCUCUCAGGUAUGGCGGCCCUGAACGGCGGGCUGGGGGCGGGGCUGGGGGCGGGGCUGGCCGGUGGCUCCACAAGCUCCGUCGACGCCCUGAGCCAGGCCUACUCAGGCAUCCAGCAGUACGCAGCGGCCCUGCCCACCCUGUACAGCCAGUCGCUACUGCAGCAGCAGGGAGCCGCUGGAAGCCAGAAGGAGGGUCCGGAAGGUGCCAACCUUUUCAUAUAUCACCUGCCCCAGGAAUUUGGAGACCAGGACAUACUGCAAAUGUUCAUGCCCUUUGGGAAUGUGAUCUCAGCCAAAGUCUUCAUCGAUAAGCAGACCAAUCUGAGCAAAUGCUUCGGCUUCGUCAGCUACGAUAAUCCGGUGUCAGCCCAGGCUGCCAUCCAGGCCAUGAACGGCUUCCAGAUCGGCAUGAAGCGGCUCAAGGUGCAGCUGAAGCGCUCCAAGAAUGACAGCAAACCGUACUGAUCUUAGCACUAGGGCCCUUAGCGCUCCCGUAUUAGCACUGCUAGGGUAAGUCCUCCAUGAGCCACCGGGGUCUGACUGCCUCUCACCACCAGAGGGAGACAAAGUCUCCUGUUUGUUUUUGAGUCGUUACUGAGCCUGAUGCUGUUUUGUUUUGUUCUGUUUAUAUUUUUCUACACAAACGCUUCCAUUCCCAUUAUUAGUUUUUCAUAGACUUUCAAUGGACAAACCGCUGUUAUUAGCUUUUUAGUUGUGUAAAAAAAAUUUUUUUUUUUUAGUCAACUAUUUAUUACUGUUGGGAGAAAAAAAUCAACAGUGUUCUCUUAAUGAACCUGGGAUGGAGAUUUUAUUUUAUUUUUUUUUCCUUUUUUAAAUUUCUGUUAGAGGCAGGCGUUUGCACUUUGACCUCACGCCCUGGUGCCAGAAGGGGGGCCUGGUCCCUGCCCUGGCACUGGGGUGUACAGGCUUAAUGCCACACUGGUCUUGCCCGUUGUCGCCGGCACCAAAGCCGAAUGCUUUCCAACCACGUUUAACGUUAGCGGUGAUUUUUAUUUAGCAAAGAAUUAGACUAUUCAUUACUAGGUCAGAUCACAUUGGUCUUUAUUUAAAAAACGGGAUUCGUGGGUAGUAGAUCUGGAAAUGCGGAAGCUCUCUGAAGGAGGCGUGUCACUGGAGGCAGGGCAGAGGUACUUGAUGUCUCUCGGAAGAUGAAGUUCAAGUACUGAAAGCCGCUGGCCUGUACAAUAUGUUUGUAAAAAAAGCAGUUCUAUUUUUAUACAAAAAAUUUUUACUGCCUCAAAAAAAGACUUUAUUUAUUACCUGCUGUUAAUUUAUUGGAUACUUAAUGAGCAGAUCUCGCGGAUGCGAAGCCUUCUGAAGGAGUCCUGUAGAAUCGAGAGUCUCGUGCCAAGAGAACAGAAAUCCCAUCUGCUCUCUGGAGCCGCAGUCACACCUGUCUGCUUUGCUCGUCCUCUCUCUCUCUCUCUCUCUCUCUCCUGUCAUGCUGUCUUGCUCUUUUCGCUGUGCGGCCUUGUUCCCACAUCGUCUGUGGCGUCAGUCUCUCUCCUCCAAAACAGUAUCCAUCUUCUCGCGUCCCAUUGGACCCUGAUCCCCGAUGGAUCUUUGGCCGCAGAGAGUGUGUGUGGCUGUCUGUGUGUGUUUCUGUUCUUAAUGUGAUUUUUCUCCUGUAUGUGUAUUAUUUCGAUAUGAAACGUAAAGUGUGCAGUGCCGAUUAUCCUGACCGUGCUGCCGUCUCCGUCGUCCUGUGGUCCGUCUCCGUGAUGGAUGUGAUGGAUGUUCCGUUGCCGUGGCGACUCUGUGUGUAACUGUCUCCUUUACCUUGUUCUCUCCCCUAGACCAGCCCCAUGCCUGUUUGCCCAUCGUUUGCUCGCUCGCAUGUCUGCGUGCCGUCAGCCCCCAGCGUCUGCCCCCCCAGAGUCAGGCCCAUCGUCUCCUCAUUCUGUCCCGAUGUCUUUCCCAGCUCACCCGAUCAUAACCUGAUCUCCUCUUCCUGACCUCCUGAACCUAACUUGGUCUAUUUCGGAGUUUUUUUGCAUGACCUCAUUUUGACUUUUUUGAACAUUGAAGGCAGGAUUGGGUGGGGUGGGAAUUCUGUGUGAAAAAGCCUGAAAUGGAACAGGAAAGGCUAUUCUGCAAAGGGGGGGGGGUGUUUUGCAUUGUCUCCAUGUUGGACUUUUGUUUUUUUUUUUUUUAAUUGAUGAAAUUAAACUUGAAAGUACAACAUAGGGAUCGGUGUUUGCUCCCCUGCCCGCUGCCAGGGGUUGGGGGGCGCAGUGUCGGUCUCUAAGGCAAACAGACUACUUCCAAACAGUUCUGAAGAAAAACAGCAAACUGUGUGAGUAGUAUUAAUCUCUCAGAGCUUCUGUAAUGGUUUUUACAUUUUUCAGGCAGUGUAAAGAUUUUGAUAAGGCCAUUUCAAGUGACUUUCUCAUUCAAAUCUAUUGACAGAACCACUUUUUUUUUCUAGAGUAGUUUAAAGUUAAAAAAGACGAAAAACUUUAAAAAAAAAAAUCUAUAUAUGAAAUAAAGAAUUGCCCUGUUUGGAGGGAAACUACCUGUUCAUGUGACCUUUUGCUGAACUGACUCAUAGUUAGACAAUCCGUGGUUAAAUGCAAAAGAAAUGACUUAUAUUUUAUACUGUCUAAAUGUAUAGAUUGGGGGGUUUAAAAGUAAAAAAAACAAAAAAACAACCGGGGGGGGGGGGGGGGGGUAACUUGCAUUAACGUUGGUGCUUUUUGUGAAUUACGUUGUGGAGUCAUUACAAGUCCGAGGGUCUUAACUGUUUUAUGUUUUAAAGACAAAACUAAAAUUUGGUUUACUUGAACAAUAGAUGACGCCUUCAUAUUAUGAUUGUUGCUAUAAUACUCUUGUUUCCUUUUUCCUUCCUUUCUCUAUUUGCGCUAAUUCUUGUUUGGUAAUUCGCUGUUUGCAAUUCCAGAAAGUGGGUAUCGUUUGUAAACGCCGAGUGUCAGUAUUAUUAUUAUUUUUUUUCUUUCUAUUGUGGGAAACAAUUUGUAAAUGUUUUGUUGUUCAGCAAAAUGUGAUUUUUUUUUUUCUUUUUUUCUUUUCUUAUAAAGAGAAAAAAAAACUUAAGUGGAGUUUAGUGCCAAAACUCAGAGGUCUCCUGGCCUGAAUCUUCAGUGUACUUUGGGUGAACUUAUUUGAUAACAUGGGUAUUUUAUUACUUACGUGUUUUGUAUGGAUCCAUUAUAUUUAAAGACACAGUUUAAAAAAAAAAAAAAAAAAGCUUAACUUGCUAUUCUGUGGUCUUGUUGCCUGAAACUGUUAAUGUUGGUUGCUUUUUAUUCGUUUUUUUUUUGUAAGGAUGGAAAAAGUGCCCGUCUGUCACAUGUACACACACGCCCCACGCACACACACACACUCACACUCAGACACGCUUCCUGUGCUGCAAAGGCAAACCUCACAAUCCGCUCUCCAUUUGCAUUCAUUGCGGAAGCCCUUCAUGGUCAUGCCCCCUACAGGCAGACAUCUGGCAGUCACAGUCUGCAGGUGUGCACAGGCACAUGUGACUAUUUAUUGUGAGCGGGGGGGAGAAUUGAGCAGAGGCAGGGACACACUGAGCCCUGUAGCCUUUGUGUGGGUGCACGCCCUGCCCGCGAUACCGUCAGAGGGCAGUCAGGUGCUGGGUGUCCGCUCCUCAGCUGUCACCAGGGGGCACCGGCCUCAGAGGAGAUGGCUUGUCGCAGUUAGCAUUAGCGAGCCCGUUCUCUGAAAAGCCCCUCUGCCUGUAGCGGUUAGCUAGUGAAGGCACAACUGGGCCUGGCAACUGGACGGAGGAGGUGCAGAGGAGCAGUGAUCCUCUGGCUCACGGGAGAGAGAGGAGUCGUCCCUCUUAAUGAGCUUGCGAGAGGGAGCUGAUGACUGUUUCUCUGAUGGUCUGUACUCGUACCGUAGGCUUCAUGUGAAUCCAUCUUUAAUCGGUCAUCAAACAAAAGUGUUCCGCUGUUUGUGAAGUAUUUCAGGGUUCGUUUCGGCUGUAUUUCCCCGUUCUCAUCACCGACGAACGCCGGCUUCCUCGGUCGUUAUUGUCAGGAACAGGGGCCCCGAAUCAGGAUACGUGCAUCUGACAGUGACGCAGAAGACCGUCAGUCUGCCGGCAGGGUUUACGGUUGAGUUUAUCCCUCAGGAUUCCAUAUCUGUUUAGAGCAGUGCUUACAAAUCCGGUCCUCGGGGAUCCACGGCCGGUCCAUGUUUUUGCUUCCUCUGAGCUCCCUGCCAGACGGUCCACAUUUUUGCUCCGUUCCAGCUCCCAGCAAAAACUUGCACUAUCUGUCGGUCCCCAGGGACUGGAUUGAGAAACACUGGUUUAGAGUCAAAAGGAUUCAGGUGGUAUUUUAUCAAGCUCACCUGUGGCCUUAUUUUCAGGGGGGGGUUCCGGCUCUCUGUAUUAUGUCUCUUGGUCGAUUUUGUAGGUGUGACGGGACCAGAACUUAAACAGUGACGGCAUUUUAAGCUCCUGGUGUAAUUUUGCCUGGAGCCUGGCAGCGUGCAGUAAGGGAGGUGCUGGAAUCAUCAGGCUGGGAACUGCAAAUGAUGCCUUAAAUUGUACAGCAUACAAGCAUGAGUUCAGAUGUGUGGUAAAUCAGCGUCGGUGGAAACGGAGAGUGUUUGGAGGCCGUCGGUGACCUAAACACGGUAUCUGUAGUGCACAGAGGAAGCAGAUGUUCAGCACUGUUGCCACAGAAGCGUGUCAGCUGUAGCUAUAAGGACUUCUCUGCUUUUAGCAGUUAGUAAAAUUCCCUGUCCCUGUUUACCGUCUAGCAUCCCUGAGACUGCUCUCUUUGCCAAGAUUUCUCAGCCAAUCCACAGAGAAUCCUUUUACCCCCCCCCCCAGAAAGGAGUACAUCCGUGUUGGGUGGGGGCUGAUCAUCUCCUGCAGGUACCCCCUCUCCCCCAAUUAAUAUCCCCAGAACCCCAAGAGCACGAGCUUUGGGGCUCCCAAAAGCACACUGCAGGGCAGAGAGGCAGCAUGGGUCCCUUAGUGGGGAAUGACUUAGAAGCACAAUGUCCCCAAAGAUGGCUGCCCCCUCGGGGCCCCUCAGAGGGCCUCUCCGACAGUCGGUGAAGCAGAGCUCAUUUCUUCAAAACUUCAAACCUCUUGUUUUUUGUUUGUUUUUUUGUUCCCUUUGUAAUCGAUGCCACAAUGACAAACAAUAAAAAAAAACUUGUUUGUUUCUUUGCUUUUUUUGGCUUAUUGCAUUUGGGGGAGAUAAUGUGCCCAUUUUAUCUGCUGUGCUGUGAAGGCUUGCCUGUGGACAAAUAUAUUUCCUUUGGUUUGACUCCUAAGAAUUUGCAUAGUUUUGAGUAUUUGUGUUGAGAAGAGCCAAAGUCCUCUGGGAUUCUGUCGCCACGCUUUCGGUUCAUUUGAUGACACAUUAGGCUUCGUCAAUAGAUGGGAUUUUAAAAGUACAACUGAAGGCCGCUUAACAAUUUCUACAACAGAUUGUACUUAUGCAUUUUGUACUAGUGGAACUUUUUAUACCGAGAUUAAAGGAAAAAAAAACUAAGAAAAACUGUCUGGCCUCGUUAUCUGGCCAGAUGGCAAGGCCACAAGUGGUUCCCGUGUCCGAUUUCGAGAUGGUGGUAAGGAAGCGUUUUAAGAUUUUAUUUUUUUCUCUUUUAGAUCUUUUUGGCUUUGCAAUUCACGCCCCACGGUCCCGCCUUUAUAGUUAUUUAGUGGGACUGCUUUUAUUUUGGCUGUUAAAUACUUAACGGAAGUUUGUCGAUUUACAGAGCGGUAAGUUUCAUUUUAUUCUGUAUCAUGCUGUUUAUAACGGGGGGAAAAAAAACUUAGGAUUUAGCCGUAUUUAGUCACCUUAAGUGGAUAAAUGUAUUAGACUAUAGAAGCGUUCUUUUCUUUCCUUUAAGUUCUUUAGGUUUCUCUGUCCUUUUGCUGUGAACCUUACCUGUGUAGCUGGAGCAGUCGGACUUAUUUUUGUAAACGUAUGUUCUUGUGUGAUGCAGUGUUUUUGUUUGCUUUUGUUUUUUGCUUCUGUCUCCAAUAUUAAACCAUUUUUUUCCUAA